GGCGAAGUCCGACAACGGGACGAAGAAAAGAGAGCGAGUUAUAGAAUACUGUUCAGACGUCACACGAAACAGAAGCUUCGAACGGGACGCUAUCCCAUCAGCGUCAAGCCCGCGGGCACGUAAGCAGCGUUCUUGGCAGCGCUCUUGGCGAUCACCCCUCGUUCACGGCUCACAGGCGACGGAGAGACAUGGCGGCCAACAGCAGAAGGAAGGGUACGUUACGGCUCGUUGGUCUUUGGGUUAAUCUUAAGUUUGUUUAUGACGGCGAGCGACCGAUUCCGGGAUGGAGUCAUCGACACGUCUUGCAACAUCACUACUAAGCGGACACUAAGUGGACACCAAGCCGACACCAAAGCAACUCAUAGUCAUAUUCAUAUCGGAAUGGCGGGUCGACGAUUGUUUCUUCUUCUUUCGGCAUUAUUCUUUGGGGGAAUCAUAACAACACUCAUAGGCAGUACUUACUACGGAACCAGCGAGUUACCGCAUUCCAGAGCAAGUCGAGCGCCUCGUCCAGAGACCGGCCCGCGAAACGAACGAGUGCUGGCGCAAACGAGUGCCGAAACCCGCAGGCUUGCUUAUGUCUUCUACGUUACAAACGAUCAAUAUGCCUGCGCCUCUCUUGUGUUAGCGGAUUCGAUUGUGAAAGCCGGCAAGCGGCCGGAUAUCCCUUUUACCGCGUUGUACACAGAUGAAGUUUCUGAGUCGUAUCGGAACAGGCUGUUGGGAUCUGGAAUGAAGAUACAAAGGGUGCAAACUGUCCGCACAAGUACAGGGGACCCGACGUGGGCGACGUCAAUGACGAGAAAUAUCGUUUUCAACAUGACCGAGUACGACCGUAUAAUAGUACUAGACAGCGAUGCGCUUGUAAUCACGUCCUUGGAUUCGUUGUUCGAUCUCCCAUCAUAUCCAUUAUAUGCAGCACGCGCCUACUGGAUCAAGCAACCUUUUUUCCAAUCUACGCUCUACGUGAUCGAGCCCUCCACGGCCUUGUACGAGAAGCAAGAGAAGGUCUUCCUCGAGGCUUCUGCAAAGGGCGAAACCCUUUUCGAUAUGGACGUUGCAAAUCGCGCGUUUGGCGACAUGAUCGGGCUAUUACCAGGAACGAUCGCCACGUUAAAUGGCGAUUUCAAGGCUCCAAAAACAGGCCCGUCAGCGGCCAACCCGCUGAUUACCGUCGAUCAAGCAGCAAAGAGCCCCAAGUAUGUUCACUUCAGCGAGUCUCCGGGGGGAGGAUAUGGCAAACCCUGGGGACGCGGGCGGUCGGUAAGCACCAAUCCUGAUUCGCAUCCGCUUUUCGAGGAACUCUUCCACAAGUUUUGGGCUGGACAGGACAAGUUGUGCGGGUAAACCUAGGGUAGUCAUAGUCUGGGCGAGUGAUAUUCCGUCAAAUUUUUGGAAAUGCACUACAACAACUGCUCGGACUUGAAUGCUGCGUGUUUUUUUUUACCGACAAGCGAAUCCCAGUCCAACAAGCCGCCCCCGGCGGUGCGGGGCAGAAAAGAUGGACGAACCAGAGUUGUUUUUGAGAUGAUUUAUUGUAUGAA